AUCCGUAGCUGCCAAAACCCCGAAAAACCCUCUCGAUAAACCGUUCGCCGUCGUCCUUCAUCCCUUCCUUCUCCUCUCCAAUUGCACAAUGUAUAGGCUCCAUCGCAGCGCCCUCGCGAAAACCCUCCACUACCGCUUCUUCUCUCAGUCGGCCGCCGCCAUCAUCGAAGAGCCAGCAAUCCAAGCACCAAUCACCUACCUCGAAGGGUUCCCGAAGCCCGGCCCCGCCGAGCAGAUUCUCGCCAUCCCUCGAGCUUCUUCCGGGAAGAACAUUUCCGCCAAGGAGAGGAAAGUCGGGAGGGUGCCCGCUAUCGUCUUCGAGCAGGAAGACGGGCAGCAUGGUGGUAAUAAGCGGUUGAUCUCGGUGCAGUCGAAUCGCAUCAGGAAUCUGGUAGAUAAGGUUGGGAGGUCGUUCUUCUUGUCGAGGCUUUUCGAUCUCGAGGUCAGGACCGAUUUUGCGAAGGAGGAGGAGAUUAUUGAGAAAGUCCGCGUCUUGCCGAGAUUGCUUCAUUUGCACUCUGGAACUGAUGUUCCCCUCAACGUUACCUUCAUAAGGGCACCUCCUGAGGCUCUGUUGAAAGUUGAUAUUCCUCUGGUGUUUAUAGGCGACGACGUCUCUCCUGGUCUGAGGAAAGGUUCAUACCUGAAUGUGAUUAAGAGGACGGUGAAGUUCCUCUGCCCACCAGAUAUUAUCCCACCAUAUAUCGAAGUAGACCUGAGCGAAUUGGAUGUUGGCGAAAAAUUACUGGUGGGUGAUCUCAAAGUUCAUCCAGCAUUGAAGCCCAUAAUGCAGGAAGAACAGCCAGUUGUGAAGAUUGCUGGAGCCCGUGUUUCGGACCAAAAGAGAGCAAAAUAAAGCAUCCCUACUAGAUAGUUAGCAAACAGCUGUUGUGUUUGAAUCUUGUGUACCACAGCUCUCCAACAUGGAGCAGUGUUUUUAGCAACAUUAGGUUUUUCAGUCGCAUAACCCGGAUUAGGUAGCGGGUGGGAGCAAAGUAAGAUUGCAGGGGAGGGCUAAAGCCAUGUUUUGUGUAGGAUGAACUUACUCCUUCCAUCAUCUUUGAUCCUAUAUUUAUUAUCAACCUUAUUUUGUAAACAAGCUGUCUGAGACAAAUUUCAGUAAUGAAAAUUGUUACCAAGUUAUAUCAGACCGUUGAUCAAGAUGGAUCAAGUAGUUAAAG